GCGAGGCCGAGCGCACCGCCGACCGCCACCCCUGCCUGGCGGCCGCCGGCGUGCCCACGCUGACGGAGAACCUGCGCUUCCUGACCGACGGCGGCGUGCUGCCGUAUCACCUGCAGGAGGACGUCGACAUACUGGCGAUGCGGCAUGCCGAGGUGGUGAGCGCACAUGCGCUGGUGGCGCGCCUGCCGGGCGCCCAGUACCCGCUGUACUACCCGCUGAGCCGGGUGCAACGUGAGCGUCGGGCGGAAUUCUUCCGCCGCCUGCCGCACCGCGGCUCCAAUCUGGUCCAGGAGCUGGCGCACACGCUGAAUCUGCCGGUGCUGACCGUAUGCCGGGCUGUCAGCCGUAUGUCGGCCCACGUCUUCCAGUAUCGCAAUGCCAAGAUCCUGCAGAACGCCAAGCUAUGCACGGAGCUGGGAGUGUCGCCGGCCGAUAUGGUCCGCUCCCUGUACGUGCUGCGCAUGCCGGGGCCGCUCAUCCGGCGCAGAGAGGCCGAGUGUCGGCGCCGCGGCCUCCCGCUGCGCCCCUUCUACCUGGGGCUGACCGAGGCUGAGUUCCAGCGGCGGCUGGCGGAGGGCGGCCCGCUCCCGGAGCACACGUCCGACGUGGCGGCGUUCGUGGCGCGCCGGCUCGGCGUCAGCGUCCAGCUGGUGCGGGAGCGCAUCGAGCACAUGUAUUGGCCGCGCUCGCUCACCGCCGCCCGCUUCGAAGAGGUGACCGCCCUGCUGGAGGCGGCCGGCUACCGGGGCGAGGAGCUGCAGCGGCCCGAGGCCGUGGGAGAGCAGGAGCGGCACCGGCGGCCGGAACGGAAGGUGAAGCGGCCUGAUGGGGAAGAUGAGCGACUUGAUGGAGAGGGGGAGCAGCCCGAGCAGGAGGGGGCGCGACCUGAUGGGGAAGAGGAGCGGCGCGAUGGGGAAGGGCAUCAGCCCGAGCCGGAGGGGGGACGGCUGGAGGGCGAGGGGCAGAGGCCGGAGCAGGAGAGGGAGCGGCUCGAGCGAGAGAAGGGACGGUUGGGGAGGGAGGAGGAGCGGCAUGGGUGGGAGUGGAUGGAAGUCGGAUUGGAAGAUGGAACGGCGACAGAGCUGGAGAGCGCAGAUGGAGACGACUGCCGAGUCAACUCUCACGAAGACGGUAAGGGUGACCUCGAUGUUAGUUCAAACUGA